CCGAGGAGAGGAGCAGCAGAGAGAUCCGGGAGGAGAGAGGAGAGGACGGGAGCACCGGGGGUUUUUAACGGCUACCGGUUUUCAUUUUAAUGUGUUUUGUCUCUACUCAGGAUGUGAGUUUAAACGGAGUUUUUAUUUUAUUUUUUAUUGACGCCAUGGACGGCAGGACCGGAGCGACAGACCCAAACUGCCACAGUGACGUUAACUCCUUCGUAAAACGUUAAAUACUUCAGCGGGGAGCUUAAGUGAGUCUGUUCCUAAUGAGUGAAUAUAGUGACAUUAUCUUUCUUUCUUAACUGUUUUAUCUCCUUUAAGCUUUUUAAAUUAACGUUACAAGAACUACAAGUCUCAACCAGACCUUAGCUGACGUUAACGGUCGAGUGGCGGUUAAGACAUGUCACAUUUAACGGUAACGUUAGCCACCUGCCUGUCCGUUAAUGGAAGCAGACGAAACACACGCUUCUGAUACCUGAGAGGAGUGCUGUGGACUGCUUCUACUGGACUCUACUGUCUGCCUGUUAAACUCUAUGGAUUUCCUCCAGCUUCACUGUGAAUAAAUCUACAUUAACAACAUGUAUGCUGCACGGAAAAGAAGAAAACCGGCUCAGAAGGGAGUCAAACCCACUGUCCCAACUGAAGGUGCCAAGUCCAACCCAUCCAAACGCCACCGUGACCGUCUGAACUCGGAACUGGACCGGCUCGCCAGCCUGCUGCCCUUCCCUGAAGACGUCGUCUCCAGCCUGGACAAACUGUCCAUCCUAAGGCUCAGCGUCAGCUUCCUGCGUACCAAGAGCUUCUUCUCCGUGGCGUUGAAGAACCCGCUGUCCAAUGGCAUGAAGAAGAGCAGCGAUCACUGUCAUGACAGCAAGACGUCAGGAUCUGUGGAUGGUCACAUACCUGAGGGGGAGCUGCUGCUGCAGGCCCUGAACGGCUUCAUCCUGGUGGUGACAGCUGAGGGAAUAGUCUUCUUCUGCUCUCACACCAUCCAGGAUUAUCUCGGCUUCCAUCAGACCGACGUGAUGCACCACAGUGUGUUUGAGCUGAUCCACACUGAAGACCAGCAGGAGUUCAGGAGCAACCUGCACUGGGCCCUCAACCCUCCUGCUGGUCUCGGACCCCCGACGGAUCCCUCAACAGACGGGGAGUCUGUGUCGUCGACCUCCUCCCGCCUGGUGAGCUACAACCCGGACCAGCUUCCACCUGAAAACUCCUCCUUCCUGGAGCGAGGUUUUGUCUGCCGCUUCCGCUGUUUGUUGGACAAUUCUUCCGGCUUCCUGGCGUUGAAUAUCCAGGGUCGACUCAAGUUCCUCCACGGGCAGAGCCGUCAUCAGUACGACAGCGAGGGGAGCACGCCGCCUCAGCUCGCCCUGUUCGCCAUCGCCACACCCCUCCAGCCUCCAGCCAUCCUUGAAAUCAGGACGAGGAACAUGAUUUUCAGGACCAAACACAAGCUUGACUUCACACCCAUGGCCUGUGACGCAAAGGGUAAAAUUGUUCUGGGCUACACCGAGGCAGAGCUGAGAGUUCGUGGUUCGGGUUACCAGUUCAUUCACGCUGCCGACAUGCUGCACUGCGCCGAAAAUCAUGUCCGAAUGAUGAAGACGGGCGAGAGCGGCCUCACCGUCUUCAGGCUGCUCACCAAGGAAAACAGGUGGAAGUGGGUCCAGGCUAACGCCAGGCUCGUCUACAAGAACGGAAAGCCAGACUACAUCAUCGCCACCCAGAGGCCGUUGGUGGAUGAGGAAGGAGGGGAACACCUGAGGAAGCGAUCAAUGCACCUUCCCUUCACCUUCGCCACCGGAGAGGCGAUGCUCUACCAGACCGGUUAUCCGCUGCACGGCUUCCCUGAUUCCUUCCAGGGCAAAGCGAAAGGCAGCAAGUCCAAGAAGGGCAAACUGGACAAGAGCUCUUCAGAUGACCUGCACCCAAAUUCUCUGCUGGGAGCGGUGAUGAGCCAGGAUGAGUCUGUGUACGUCUGCCAGCCGGACACGGAGCCGAAGAUGUCCUACCACAGUGGCCUUUUCAGCGAGCAGCAAGGUGACAGCAGUGGUUUUGGUGGCUUGUUAAAUGGCGACAGCUGGCAGAUCAUAUCUAACAGUGAGACGGGGAGAUGUAAUAGCAGAACAUCCAGUUAUGACCCACUGCUGGCCACUUUGGACUCUCUGUCCCUGGACGAAGAUGAAACCUGCUCCAAUAGCGAGCUCUUUAGCGCCCUGGAGAACCUGGGCUUGAACGCUGAAGACCUGGAGCUCCUGCUGCUGGAUGAGAGGAUGAUCCAGGUGGAGCUGGACCCCAACCACAUCCCAACACUGAGCGACAUUCUCACCAACAACGAAAUCCUCUCCUUCAUCCACGACUCGCUGGAAACUGGCACAGAGGGGGAGGAACAAGGAGAGAGAGGUGGACUCGGAUCUUCAACUAAUCCACCAAACUCAACCCAAAGUGUCGCCCAGCAGUCGCAGGCAUGCCUCACACCCGCUGUCCCUCCAGCUCUUCCCAUCAUCCAGCUGUCGCAACAGAUGCAGCAGCACAUCAGUGCAGGUGAGCUGGUGAAAGCUCAAACAGGACAGAUUCAGUCCCAGCCGGAAACAGCGGACACCAAGAUAUUAACUGGGAUUCCUAACAGUCAUUGGGUGGUUACGACACAGAACCCCCAUCACCCCAACAACCACACCCAUCACCACCCACAUCCUGUGCUCAAAGCCACACAGCAGAACGGUGAACAUAAACACCUUAACUCACUUCUUGAAUCGAGUCAACAGUGGCAGCUUCAGCAGGACCAGCACACGGUCCAGCUUCAUUCCCAUGAGCAGAUAAACAUCCAGAGCGCUUUGCUGCCUGGCUUCCAGAGUCAGCCCGGAGUGACAACGAACGAAUCUUACAUUCCAAACGGACACGCAGCCUUUCCACCAAACGUGGACGUCAGCCGCACAGGUUACAAUAUCACCAACACGCCUCAUGCAGGUGGCACAGUAGUGAAUGGCGUGACCACACCGGACGCUUGUCACUACCAGAGGUUGGUGGCCACCACGCAGCCCUACCAGCUGCAGGGUCACCAGAAGAACCAGCAGCAGCAGCAGCAGAUGUUGCAGCAGACUCAGGUUCCACCAUCUUGUCCCAGCCACAGCUCUACACUGGAAUUAGAGCAGUUACUGGGUUUGUCCCAGCAACAGCACAGCCUGCCGUCGAUAGAGGCCUAUGGCAUGUUCAGCACCACCACGCAGGACUCCACUCGCAGCAAGCUGGAGAACGGAUGCCUCCUCGGUGCUACCAAUGCAGCGUACAUCAGGACGUGUCUGAUGCCCAAUGGGAAUGGAGUGGCAGCGGGCGACAUCCCUGUCUCCUGCACAGACGGACUUUCCGCCCUGCAAGACCCCCAGAAAUCUGGAUUUUUCCUCUGAAAGGAUGAUGGCCGAGUAUCAGAGGAGGCUGGGAGAGAAGAGAAGGUCAGACAUCACGCCUGUGCUACUCAGAGAACCGGGUUGCACAAGUAACCUAAAGAUAAGCAUGAAAAGGAAAGACAAAUCAAGAAAACAAAAAAAAAGGGUUUUUUACCUGUCAUAUUUCGUAUCAUAAUAUAUUCCUAUGUUGUCGUGCUCUCACUCAAGUUUCAUUUUCAUGUUUGGAUAAGAUUUGUCCGGUGGCAAAACUCACCAUUUUCUGAUCUGUAUAUACACCGUUAAAGUCCUGAAAAGAAGAGAAGAAGAAGACACUCAGCAAAGGCUGGUGACUUUAGUGAACUGGCACCAAGGUGAGGUCAAAGAGUCUGUUCUUUAUCUGUAUUGUCCCGCUCUGAUACUGAAAUAACUGGCGACUAAAAGUUCCUUUUUUGCUGGAUCACUACAAAAUAUUUAACCCUAACUUAUUUUGACUGAUUGAUUUGAUUUUGAACUUUUAUUUCUAUUUCUAAACCAAUGGGUUCCAGAAAUAUAUGGAAUAGAGAGCCGAAGUCCCUCCCCAACAAAUGUUUUUAUCCCGUUUGAAUUGUGCCCUGAAUUACACACGUGAUGUUUGUCAAUUUCAGUCAAAACUUUGAAAGUAAAGAAAGUAUAAGACAUUGAAAAUGCAUAUUUGCAAAGACCACAAACCCAAAAGCUGCGCGUGUGACAUCAUAACUGUUUCUCUGAAUGGAUGAAGCUAACGUCAAAGAGCUUCCAUGUGUAGAUGAUGUCAUAAAAGGACAAGCUGGAUUAAACACAUCAGUUGAAAUAGCUAAGUUACAAACAUUAGCUUAGCAUUACAGCGCUAACAUGUUGGUGACGUCUAUUGUGUGAGACGAGAGAUGUAGUUCAUUGAUCGGUUUCACACAAAGCUAAAUUCUACUUUACUGUGACUUUCUUGACAUACACGCUUAUCUUUUAAAUUGACAAACAUCAUGUGUGUAAUUCAGGGCACAAUUCAAAUAAAAUAAAAUUGUUAUCUCUUGCCGUUGAGUUCUAUACAUAUUUUUAUGUAAUAAGGUCCCGUUGGGCGGAAGGGGAGUGACGUAAAAUUUCUAUACUACCUUAAAAACUGAUGCUUUGAAAAAUGGUCUACAGUUAUAAAAUAAAGGAAAUUAUUUGCUCUAUAAUCUAAAGUAUUUUAACUAAGAACAUUCAAAGCCGUGCGUGUGGAAAUAACACUCUCGAACUUAAGAGAAAUGUGACGUGAGUGUAACAGCAAGCUGCUUUUCAUCGCCGUGCAAAUCACUCAGCCUGACUGUUGGUAAUCUGUGAAUGGUUUGUCAGGGGGAACGUUUCUUAGAAGACACACCAACAGAUUAUUUAAACGUCAGUGUUCGUUUGUCACCUAGAUGUAGAUGAGCUGUAGGCUCAGUAGAUGUCGUUUCGUUCGUUGUGCUUUACAUGUCAACAAUACAGCAUUUAAUUCUUAUCGUUAACGAUGUUGAGAGGAGAUUGAAACAAUCGGUUUAAGGUUAAACUCAGAAAAGAAGAACAAAUGUUUUUAUUUAUUGCUGCCGUUCAUCCUAAUGCUGCAUCUUAGCCUGUUCAAGGUUUACAAGUGUUGUGCACUUACAUGUAUAUUACAGACACAAUCAGGAAGGAUCUGAUUUGUCCACUGAAAUCAAACCCAACAAAGCAUUUUUGUUUCCUGGACUGGAGAUAGUGUGAAAAUCUCCCUUUAAUGCCUUGUCUCGGCGGCCUUUGGCCAGUCAGACUCCCGCUUGCUUUAUCUUGCAAUCGUGCUGUGUGGGAAACACUGAGUGCUCUUACUUGCACGCAGUAAUCCAUUAAGGACCUAAUUGUAAAUAAUAGAUUACAACUGAAGGCUGACUAGGAAGUGCACGUUAAGUGUUCUUCAAGUUUUGUUUUCCUGUGAUCGCAAAGUGGUGAUUCCAUGAAAUGUAGAGAGCAGAAGAUUAAUUUCAAAGUUUGUGUGGAAAAUGAUCUAACGUAGAGAAAGUGUGAACUUCCAAACUGCUCCUUGAUCAAUAGUAUUAGUUGGAGACUCAAACCAAAUCAUGUUAGCCCAGCCAAGCGAGAGUUAAAAUUUAUCCUUUCUUAAUGGCAACGUUUUCUUCUCAAUUACAAUGGAGAGGAGGUGCCAUACUUUCCUUACAGGGCUGUGCAAAUGAAGCAUUUCUACUUCUAUUAAAGCCAGUACAUGCAGAGUUUGAAAGUAUCCUACUUGUCCUACACUGUGAGAGACGAUACUGUACACACUCAGACUUCAAUACGGCUGCUAACCAGACUUCCUCUUAGCUUGUGAAGGCUGAACAUUAUAACGAUACCUGAUUUCCUCUUGAAUUAUAACCUGGACUCAGAAAAUGAAAGCUAAUGCUGCAUUCAGUCAUGUCAGAUCACCUGUAAAUAACAGACGCAGCAGCGUCUUACUGGAAAUAAUUUUUAAGGAUAUUGUUAAAAAAACAUGUGUGGUGGUUUGUUUUUAAUGGUAUGACAUGCAACAGAGAUGAAAACAAAAAUCAAGAGCUUUGAUUUCGAAUGGCUUUUUGACUUAGUGUGUCACAGAAAAUCUAAUGUUGAUGUCUGAAGUGGAAAUAUAAUAAAAAUCUUAAUUAUAGGUUCGCGUUUAUAAAAGGUUAUAUAUAAUAAGUAUAUAUGUGCUGUAGUUUGUUUUUCCUCAUUUUUUCUGAUAUGACAUGAAUGCAGAAUCACUCUUUUUUACUUUAAAAGACAGACAGACAACAGACUGGACAGCAUUUAGCAUUUAGCACUGACUCAAAAACCAAAUGAGGAACACGUGAACACACGUGUGUCUGCAGUCGCUCCAUAGUUGAAUGUCUUGUGUAAACUGCAAAAGGCAUUUUAAAACAUGAAGCUUUUUAUUCCACUACAAAAAGGUGCUUUAAAGUGAAUAUCAGUAGCGUUAGUCACAGCGACGAAAUGCAUUUACAGAUUUGCGUCUGAUCUUUCUAUUAUUACUGAUUAUUUAAACCAGUUGUGAGAUCAAAUGCUGUAUGAAGAAAAAACAUUUACGAAAUGACAAUCAUUUACUAAGGCGCUUAAGAAAAAGAAAGUAUAUAACUGUGUUUUAUUAACGAUGUGGUUGCAAGCACGACUUUAAAAUCACUACUCUUACAAACUCUUUCUCCAGCACUGAAAGUAGUCUUGUAGAAAAAAAAGCAUUUCAUGACUCCGUGUUGUAUGAAUAUUGUUCCUGAGAGUCGCGUGUUUUAUCUUUAUGUCAUGUUUGAGGAUAGUUUGUCACUUUAGCUUAAAACGAAACGGUGCCAUAACGGAAACCUAGGCCAGCUCAGUUUUACAUACAAAUUUAAACUCUUUUCCUGAUCUUUUAGCAUCUUAAAGGCCACUUUGUCCACCAGGUAACACUAAAAAGUGACUGUUUUAUAUUUCCAAUGUGUUUUAUCAGCCAUUUCGUCAGAGUUGGAGUCAGCCUCAACUUUGGAACCAAACUCUCUGUAAGCUGAUUUUUUGUGGUUCGUUUUUUUUAAAAAGGCACACAGACUUUAUUUUGCUACUUUUAUCACUGAAGGUUGUAGCUGUACGUAAAACUAAAAAAUUUUUUUUUUAAAAUGCAGUUUGUCUUUGAGCCAUGUGUUGAAAUGUGCUCUUGGAUCCCGGAAAUAAAGGAUUUUGUGCAAUCACA